ACGCCCGCGCCGCCCUCGGCCGUCUCCGCCCCGACAGACUGCCCGUCGCCGAUGCGCCGGGGGCCGCUCGCCGCCCCUCCUCCGGUGUACUCCGCGCCUCCGUACCUGGCGGAGCUGAAGGCGGCGGGUGCGGCGCCGUGCGGCCAGCCGGGGUCUCCGCUGGCGAGCAGGCGGCCCGGGUCCCCGCCGCCUCCGACGCCGCCCCCGGCGACGCCUCGCAGCCCCGUGCCGCUCGCCGAGACGCAGCAGAGGUCGCGCACUGCCGGGAAGAAGAUCUCGUUCGCCAUCCCGGCAGAGAGCCCGGGGGCGGACGGCACGCGGUCCCUGCCGCCCCCCGCCUCCCGCAAGCCGCCGCCGCCCCGCCGGUCGGAGUCGACGCGGCUGACGACGCUGCCGGCUCCGCAGCAGCUGGCCCCACCCCCGAAGGACUUCCUGAAGGACCUGCAGAGGGUCAUGAAGAAGAAGUGGCAGGUCGGACAGAAGUGCAAGGCGGACCUGUCGACGACACCGCACGAGGUGCUCGGAUUCCGCGACGCGCCUCCCCCGCCGCUGCCGCCUCCGGACGUCCGGCGGGAGAACAGUGUGCUGGACUGGGUGCAGGAGCACUACGGGGGCGGCGGGGGCGGUGCGCCCCACCAGUACAACCUCUACGAGAACGUCUACCUGGUGGGGGGCGGCGGGUCACCCGCCCACGCGCCGCCCGCCGUCAACGGCCAGCACUGCCCGCCGUACCGUCACCACCCCCACCCCCAGCACCCGGACGGGGCACCGCCCCCGACAGCUGUGGACUACCGAGCAGGUCCAGCUCCGGGCUCGCGGCUCUCCCGUCAGAACAGCGUGGCGGCCGCCAUCGCCGCCAAGAAGAGGCCGCCUCCGCCGCCCCCGAAGCGCUCGGAGACGACGCAGCUGACGACGGCGGUCCCGCCGCACGCGCGGGCGCCCCUGCCGCCGCCCCCACCGCCGCACCCCUCGCGCUGACGCCGCCCAAACGGCCGGUAGAGCUGCGCCCCCGGCCGUCCCCGCGGCCGCCGCCACCACCCUUGCGGACUCAUCUGACGGCCGGCGGGGUCGCGCCGGGGUCACGGGAAGUGCGCGCC